GUGGGCCCACACCACACGUCUUUCGUCGCAAUGCCACGCCAUCAUCGAUCCCUUUCCUUCAUCAGGAGUUAAUCCCCUUUCUCUCCCUCCCGGCCGCCGCCCCGCCCCGCCCAUCUUGUCAGAUCCUUCUUCAUAGUUACGACCAAUCCUAUCCAAUCCAAUUGUUUUGAGAACCAAGGGAAUUAAGGAGAAGAAUCGAGGAAGAAGAAGAGGCCAUGGUUGUGUACGAGCAGGAUCCGGAUGUUCUCCGAUGGAGCCUUCACCUUCUUCUUCCACCCGCCGCUGCCCUACACUACCAACAACGCACCAGCAGCGUCGACUGCGAUGAGAUGAUCGCCCACGCCCUCCAGGAGGAGCUUUCCUACGCCCAAUCCCAAUCCCUAUCCUCCUCCAUCCUCCAUCUCCCCCCCUCUGCUCCUCCACUAAAGGAAGACGAACAAGAUGAUGCGCCACCACCACCACCCCCCUUUAGUUCUUGUUCAACCCCUGCAGAUUAUACUAAUACUAAUAAUCAUAAUGCCCAUGACUGCUUAAUCGAGUUUGUCGAUGAUUUCUCUGCUCUAGAUGGCCAAGUUGGCAAAAGAUUACACGACAUGAUUCCCAUUCCUCAUGUUCCAAAAACUAACGGGGACAUUCCUUCUGUUGAUGAAGCCUUUUCAGAUCACCAAAGACUCCUUCACAGGUUGGAGCUGUAUGAUCUUGCUGAGCUCAAGGUUGAAGGGGAUGGCAAUUGUCAGCAUGUAUCUUAUACACAGUUCCGAGCAUUGUCCGAUCAAUUUUACCGCACCACUGAACACCACAGAUUUGUUCGGCAACAAAUAGUGAAACAGCUUGAGUCUUAUCCGGAAAUUUAUGCAGGAUAUGUCCCUAUGGAUUAUAGGGAAUAUCUAAAAAAGAUGAUAAAGAACGGGGAGUGGGGUGACCACGUUACAUUGCAGGCUGCUGCAGACUCGUAUGGUGUAAAGAUUUUCAUCCUGACAUCAUUCAGAGAUACUUGCUACAUUGAAAUCCUUCCUGUUGUUCAGAAAUCAGAAAGAGUUAUAUGCUUGAGUUUUUGGGCUGAGGUGCACUACAACUCGAUAUAUCCAGAAGGAGAGUUACCAGUUAUGGAGAACAAAAGGAAAAGGUGGUGGCAUUUUUAGAUCAGCAACUGGUGUACACUCCAUUGGGCUGGGUACACUCCAUUUGAUUUGAUUUGAUGUUGGUUAGAUCAGUGGCCAUUUUGUUGGGGCUAUAUGUCAGUGUAGGAAUGUUGAUUUGUGAGUGUACAUAACACAUUUAGUCAGGAGGAAGAAUAGCUGUGACAAUAGAUGAAUGUAUCAUGUAUUGGAUAUUAUUGAUGUUAUAUAGGGUCACUUAGAGUUGGGUUUAGAAUAGAGUAGCUGGGUGUGGAGCUAUCUAAACCUCUUCUCUGUCUCUAAUUUAUUUUGCAACAUGUUUGGUUGAAAUCUAACUCUACGAGAGGUGAAGCUAAAGCUUUACCAAACAAACCCAUACGAGAGGUGAAGCUAAAGCUAAACCCACAGGAGUAUGUUAAGAAGAA